UUCUGGACGACAAGUGACGGACUGACUUCCGUUCUCCGACAGGGUCAAACUCUCGCGAGAUCCUUUCGGCUUCCUCUUCGCACGGAACCUACUUCCAAGAUGUCUCUCGUCAUCCCUGAGAAGUUCCAGCACAUUCUCCGUGUGCUCAACACGAACAUCGAUGGUCGGAGGAAGAUCGCCUUCGCCAUCACUGCCAUCAAGGGUGUUGGCAGACGUUACGCUCACGUCGUCCUGAGGAAGGCCGACAUCGACCUCAGCAAGAGGGCCGGGGAGCUGACUGAUGACGAGGUUGAGCGGGUGGUGACCAUCAUGCAGAAUCCUCGCCAGUACAAAAUCCCCGACUGGUUCCUCAACAGACAGAAGGACGUCAAGGAUGGCAAAUACAGCCAGUCUGCGUGUGCGCGGUCAGCACACCAAGACCACCGGCCGGCGUGGUCGCACCGUCGGUGUGUCCAAGAAGAAGUAAUCUCACCCCCCCCCGAUUCCCUUGUUUCAAUAAAACGCCACAGU